GUCACUUAAAUGCGCAUGUGCUCUCUGAGCCUGUGACGUCCCGUUUUUAUCGUGACGUCAUCUGACAAUUUUCGAAAUGAAUGUCAUUUUAUUCAAAUUCUUAUGAACAACUCCGUAUUUCCGCUAUCCUGGCAUCUUUUGCGGAAUUUCUCAGCAAUGUUGCCAGAUGUCUUUUUAUUAUGGGAUUCUGAAACGAUUGAAAAUCAAAAAAGUUUAUAGUGAUGGGAAGGAAACAGACUACUAUAACAUUACCAAAUUAAUCAGCACCAGCCCAAUUUCCAUAUAUGCCUUGAGAACCCUUUGGUCGUUGAAAACACUUACGGGAAACAGAGAUGUAUAAGAGAAACAUAAUAUUGUACAUACCUAGGUAGGUAGGUAAGUACCUUGAACCAUGGCAGCAGAACAAGAAAUGCCCACAUUCAAAUGUGUUUUGGUAGGUGACGGUGGUACUGGAAAAACAACAUUCGUGAAGCGGCAUUUGACUGGUGAAUUCGAAAAGAAAUACGUCGCUACUUUGGGUGUGGAGGUACAUCCCCUAGUAUUCCACACGAAUAGGGGCCCCAUCCGUUUCAAUGUAUGGGAUACUGCAGGUCAAGAGAAAUUCGGAGGACUUCGCGAUGGAUACUACAUUCAGGGGCAAUGUGCGAUCAUCAUGUUCGAUGUUACCUCAAGAGUCACCUACAAAAAUGUACCCAACUGGCACAGAGAUCUUGUCAGGGUCUGUGAAAAUAUACCAAUUGUACUUUGUGGUAACAAAGUAGACAUUAAGGAUAGGAAAGUUAAAGCUAAGAGUAUUGUGUUCCAUAGGAAGAAGAACCUACAGUAUUAUGACAUCUCAGCCAAAUCCAACUACAACUUUGAGAAACCCUUCCUGUGGCUGGCUAGGAAGCUGAUUGGAGAUCCUAACUUAGAAUUUGUUGCCAUGCCUGCUCUUGUCCCACCAGAAGUACAGAUGGACCCACAAUGGCAGCAACAAAUUGAGACCGAGCUCAAGAAAGCCCAAGAGACUGCUCUACCCGAGGAUGAUGAGGACUUCUAAUCCUGUUGUUAAUAUAAUGUAACAGUUAAUUUCACUAAGACCUUAGACUAUAGAAAAAGGAGGCUGAGUUUAUGCAUCCUAAAAAAUUCUGCGGUUGCUUAAUCAAACCAUUAUAAAAUUGAUGUACUGUAGACAGGAAAAUAGCUAAGAAUGAAAUUAUUGGACAGAUGUAAGGCAAUUGCAGUAAAGCAUAUUUACUUAUCCUUUGUUUUUGCUUCCUAACAUUAUUAAAAGAUGAUCCCAUUAUAACUUUUAUAUAUUGAUACAAUCUGAAAUUGAAAGAAACCACUUUGGAAAUUUUUUGUCUUAAAUCUGCAACUUUUUGUGCUCUUAACCUGAGGAAGCUGUAUCUUCUCCAUCUUUUAGGGUUUUAAAAUGAAUGUAUUAGUAUGCAUCAAACGUGUGAACAUAGAAAACUAUUAUUUUAAUUACUUGAUAUGUGUAACUCUCUUUCCCGACAUUUGGCUUUCUAGGGUUAAGGAUAUUUAAUUUUUUGUACCUACUUUCUGUUUGGUUUGUAACGUCAAAUGAACAAUAUUUAUCAAUAAACUUUUUAACAUC